CGGGGCUGUGAGCGGGUCGGCCUGUGCUCGGUCCCCGCCGGGCGCCAUGUGGCUGCCCCAGUCCCUCCUGGCUCUCGCGGCGCUGCUGGCGCCCCGCCGGGGCGCGGCUUCCCAGGGGGAGCAGCCGCCCGCAGUGCCUUCACCAAUGGAGAUUGUAGUAACAUCUGAAAAUUUCAAAACAGUUUUGCAUUGGCAGUACCCGCCUGUGCCUGAAACUCCUCAUUUUAUUGUGGAAAUCAAGCCUUACAAUUUAGGUUACUAUAAGAAUGUCUCAACCUGUGUGAACACUUCAGCUCAUUUUUGUGAUAUCUCAAAGGAAAUAUGUGACCCUUAUGUAUCUCAUUGGCUUCGAGUUAAAGCUGUUGUUGGAUCACAACAGUCUGAAUAUGUUGAGGCAAAUGAGUUCAUUUUGCAAAGGCAUGGAAAAAUAGGACCACCAAAACUUAAUCUCUCAAGACAUGGUGAUAAAAUCCUGGUUGAUAUUUACCAUCUUGUAUUCCCUCUUUCGUGUAUUGAAGACAUUUAUUCAAAGCUUCAGUACUUGGUGACUGUUCGGGAUAGUAAAAAUGAGACUGAAGAGCUCUAUGAGGACAACUGUACAAUGCAUAAGUGUAGCCUCAAAAUCCCAGUUCCUACUGAGAGUUCCACUUACUGUGUUUCAGUCGAAGGAAUUUUUGAUGAUCUGAUGGUUGGCACUCCAUCAGAGGAAAGUUGCACUUCUGUUCCUCUCAACCAGACAUUGAGUACACAUAAUAUCAUCAUUCUGUGUGUUUUUAUUGCGAUCUUGACUGUAAUACCGACAGUAUAUUGUGGCUGCAAGAAACUAAGGAAAAGCAACAUACAGCUGCCUAAGUCUUUGGUCAAUGUGAUGAGAAACCUGAACACAGGUGCCUUACUGGGACCAAGAUCAGAGGGGAAGUAUUUAUCUGUACCAUCAGGCCACCUGGAGUUGCCAGUGACUGGUGAAGUAACCUUGCUGGAGAUAGAGCCAGAAGAACAAACUGUUAGUCCUGUGAAUUCCUGUGAUGGAGAAUCUUCUGUCCCUUCCCCAGAGGCACCAGACAAAGCUGAAGAGGUGUCUGUGCAGGAAAGCGCAGAGGAGGUCUCUGUUGAUGCUGAUGAACAAAAUUGCAAAGUAAAAGAGAGUUACUUUGUUUCUGAAAGUAGCCAAAUGGAUAUAUGCAGUACAUCUUCAGGGUCAGAGAUUUCUCCCACAGAAACACAGCAAACAGUCGUUCAGAGCAGCUGUUUCAAGUUUUCUGGCUAUGACAAGCCUCACGUUCCAUUACAUGGGUUGAUGAUAGAUGUUGGUGAAGAACAGCCUGUGAAUGCUUACAGGCCCACUGAGUAGCCAGGAUAACUGAAGUGCUUAACCAGAACUCAGAAAGAAAAGCAUUACUGAAGAUAAUGGAAAGUCCAGGUUAAAUUGUGAACAUCUACAAGUUGUACUUGUUCUGAUCAGUACACAAUUGAAUAGAGUACCUGAAAAUGGCAUAAAAAGUGUGGGGAAAUGUAAUAAUAACAACUUUUUGAAAUGCUUUUAUAUAUUAUAUAACUCAUUAUUUCCUGUUUGAAAUAGUGCCGUGUUUUUUAACAAUACUCUGUAGAAAACAUGCCAUCAGCUAUAAAACAGCAGCUGUACCAUUAUUCACUUCUGCUUCAAAUCCUGUUCAAAAUUAGUUUAAAGCACAUAAUGCUUAAGAAAUCCUUCAGUUGAUUAUGAUAGACAUGUGCAAGAAAUGUUUGGGAGUUUUUACCAUUAUUGGAGGUAUCCUCUUUCUUAUCUUUUUCUUUUGAACAGUGUUUUUAUAUUAAAUUAAAUGCUCCCAUUUCUUUUAAACGAGACUAUGCCUAUAAGCUCUUCCUAUAUAUCUGAGGAAUUUUGUUCCGUGUCUAAGAAGUAAGAAGUAAUGGCCACAAACUAAGAACACAAGAAGAUCACUUCAACAUGAGGAAGAACUUCUUUGUGUUGAGAGUGGAUGGCAGAGCACUGGAAAAGGCUGCUCAAGGAGAUCAUGGAGUCUGCUUCUCUGAAGACAUUUAAAACCCACCUGAACUCAUUCCUGUGUCACCUGGUCUAGGUAACCCUGCCUUGCCAGGGAGUUGGACUGGAUGAUUUCCAGAGGUUCCUUCCAACCCUGACAAGUCUGUGAAAGUACCAGUUAUUUGUAGUCUUUGCUGUUAGCUUCAGUACAGCAGCACCCAUUAGGAUCACCUAGUGGUGUGAGUAACCUUAUCACAUUCUGGCAGAAUAUAUUGGCAAGCUGACUGAUCAUCACUGAAAAAAAAAAGUCCAAUGGGUGGUUUCACAAAUUCCUUAGAAAAUGUCCUCAAAAUUCAAAAGCCUGCUUUCUUCUGGGACAUUUUUAUCCUAGUUUUUAGAGCAGUAUGUUCUUUAAAUAGAAAUCAUUAAAACUUCUUCCAAGCAUGUUUUCUAGAAGGAUGAAAAUCACCGCUAUUUCCCCCCUUUUAAUAGCAUAACUCAAGAACUAUGCAAAAUCACCCUCUAAAAAUACAUCUCAAGACAAUAGAAAAAUAGUGUGAUUAAGUUGUACUUCAUAACUUUUAUUGUCAUCUGACAGCUUUCUGAAUUUUGUAUCAUAGAGAUUGUAGUUUUGAAAACUGAGGAACAAGGCGUUUAUAUUUUUAUAUUCAAGUUUUUCAUAUUGAAAUCUAUGUAAUCCAUUUAUUUCUAUUAAAUCAAGAUUUGAUGGGUAUUUUCUAUUUGUAGAAAAUGUUUAGAGCAAUUAUUAAUGAAGUUUAAUUCAGGAAAAAAGAACCCUUUAUAGGUACAAGUUGGUCCAUUUACACAAAAUUGUGAGUUUGUUUUAAAAGAAAUUUUUGUCGGUUAUAUUAUCAGAAUUGCUGUCAGGUGGUUUUAAAGGAAAACCAGAGUCAUAGUACUUCUGUCCUUAAAUUUCUCAGUGACAUGAGUCACUUAAGGCAAAGUUAGUUUAUACAGCAGUUUCAGGAGUGCUUCUGUUUGUAUCUAUCAGGUAUUGACCACAAUAGUAUAAAAGCUUUAAAGCUAUUUUUCCCAUCUCUACUCACAGGAAGGUAGCAGAUUGGUUAGCAGGGUUUUGAUAAUUUUAGGAAACACCAAAUCAAGUAGAUGAAUUUUGUAGUUAUGGUGUCAUGGAAAGCCCAAUUAGUAAUUGUUAACUGGCUGUGAUUUGUUUCUGCAUUAUAUUCAAACAUGGUGAGACCCCCUAGCAAAUUUUUCCAUGUUGUGUUCUGGGUUGAGUUCCUAGAAGGCAGUGCUUAGUGACUUACUGCUUAGGAUGCACUAAUAUGCAGGCCUCCCUGUGGCAGAGGUGCAGAAAAUAACACUUUUGGUGUUACAAGAAGGCUUUUUGAAAAUCUGCAUUAAUUGCUCUUGAAACUUCAACUAAACUGACUUUCCAGGUAGUAAUGUGGUUCGCCACUGAAGCUCCUAGCAGGCUGUCUGCUAAGUAGAUGAGCAGCUGUGUCAUGUGCAGAGAUUGUAGGUGACGUAAUUUCUCUCUGAGUUUGGAAGUUUUUUGAUUAAUAUGAAUUGCAGUAAAUACCUCAGGAAUUUAUAAAUGUCAGAGGAGUGUUAAACUUGGCUCUGAAGGGAUAAAGAGGGCAUUAGAAACUGUGAAGUUAGUCUUGAUUUUUGGGAACAAGUUUCUGACCAGGCAAUUUGCUGACUAUUUUCUUUGCAAUUGCUCAGAGUAUUUAACCUUACACUUGGUAGUUUGUUUGCCUUCUGUCAGACUUUUGUCAGAAAAAAGGGAUAAAAUGCUGAUGUUGUCCAAGAACAUUAGCUCUGGCAGUUGUUGGAUUUGAUGUAUCUGCCUCAAAACCAGGAUUCUGUUAGAAGCAUGUAAUUGUUUUUUAAAAAUAGAUAUGCAUUCUUGACAGUGCAUUAGGAAACCCUACUGCUGUUAGAACUAAGACUCAGCAUCUUAGAUUUGUGUGAGCAGUGUUUCAUUGUUUUGGAAGAUUUUUCCUUUGGUGACACACUGGAAGGGGAAUGCAGAUAGACACAUUUUGAAACUAGGUGACUGUCUCAGGUUCUUUUCUCUUACCCCUGCAAUACAACGACAUUGUACAUUCUUCUGAAUCUUUAAAAUUACAUGGAGUCAGAUGUGAGUAAAGGGACCAGCCAGGAGCUAGGAUAUCAUUAAGAACGGUGAUGUUGAGAUCAACAAGAAAUGGCACAAAAAUAUAUCAUAACAUGUGGGGAAAAAUUUGGCAUGGCAGAUAGUCACAUGUACUGGAAAGGCAGUGCUAUUUUAGAAGCUGAAAAUCAAGAACAGCGGUAUAAGUGCUUUGUACUGUAUCACAUAUAUAUAUAUAUAUAUAUAUACACAACAGAUCUGAUCUUGGAAUAAAACAAGGUUAAGUGUACUUUUUAAUCAAAAUUUCUGAACUGUAACUACAAAAAGCCACUGAACUAGCACCAUCCCUGCAGUUUGCCUUGUGUGUGCUGCAUACUUGCCUAGCUGGCACAGGGAUAGUUUAGAUGUUUAAAUUUCUCAGACCAACUUACAGCUUUUGUAAUUGUGAAUAAAGAAGCUUAAGGGUGUACAAAGCACAGGUUUCUUUUACUAGCUGUGACUAGCUGAAAAUGUGAGGCCAUAGUAAGAGGAGGAUGUCUUUCUGGGUCAGUAAGUUCUGUUACCACCAGUCCUGUUUUUAGCAGUUGCCUGUAGUGGUAUUGAGAGCCUAAGAGUAGGGCAGCUCAUGGUGGUAAUCUCGGUUUGGAUACAGUCCAGCAGCUUGCCAUGUGAUGAUUUCUUGGGUUGGGAAUGGAAAUGCCUUUCCAGCUACAGCUAGUUAGCCUUGCUUUUGCAGUUCUGUAACAGCAAAUAUCUGAGCAAUAUGGUUGGGAAUCUGUCAGGUAGUAUUUAUCUAUACAUUUUCACCUAGUUGAAUUAGUUUAAUUGAUUAAUAUUCUUGUGAUGAAGUAGUUUGCUUGAGCUUCUGAAUAUUCAUAUGUAGCACCUUGAUCCAGAAUAUGAAAGUGCCUAACAUACACUGAAAAUAAUUUAAUAUUCAUGCCUUUUAUAGGCCUAUCAGCUAUGCAGUGUGACACACUUACAAUGUUUUGCCACUUCAGACCUUUUCAGCUGAUUAUUACUCUUGUCCUGGCUGCUUAGCACUGCUCCCUUCAUCUCGCUUAAAGAUGAUUUGGGUGAUGAUGUAAGACUCCAAAACAUUACAUCCUGUGAAAGAGAACUUCACAGAACUUUGACCUCAUAUCUGCCAACAUUUCUAAGAACUUCUUUAGUUCUUGAAUAGGCAUUAUAAUCUUUAUUAUUAGAUCUGCGAUUAACAAUGAAGUCUUGUGGCAGUACUGUGUGCUGGCACAGAAACAUCAAAUCUGCUUUUGUAUGGUUUUCUACAGAAGUCAAUAAUGUUGUUAAAAAAAUAAAUUGUCAAACCUCCUGACAUCUGUGGAAACUAGAGAGCAGAUAGACUCCCAGUUGCCUGGAACAGACUCACAUGUUUUUAUGUAAUCCUUCACUAGAAGAUUGCAGAAAAAGAAAUUUGCAUGAGAACCUGUUUUUCUCAGGGUUAGGAAUAGCCAGUUGCUCUAAAGUGGUUCCAUGUAAACAGUUGAGUAUUAAUAAGUAAGAGAUGUUGUACUUCGCUCAAAUCAGUAGUUUCAGCACAUCUUUAAAAAAACAAAACACAAAAAGCAAAAAUACCCAACGAAAAUGACAAACCAAAUACAAAGCACCUUUAUCUCAGGAAAAGGUGACCUGUAUAGAUUUGUUUAGUGUGAUUACUUUAUAGUUCAGUCCUUUAACUAUGAAGUUCUUGUUCAUUAAUACUCUUUCUAUAUUCUCUAAAUGGAUGCUGGGCUGAAAUCUAUAAUGAAAUGCCUGUAAAUACUGUAGAUAUUCAAUGUUUUAAUAUGUAAAUAAAAAAAAAUCUAUGAAGAAGAAUCUGUGUCCUUACCUCUUUUAUAACUGUUAGCUUUUGUUCCAAGGACUAAAUGUGCUUUUGAAGCUUUCUCAGUUCAUGUUAGUACUUACCAAGUGUAUGCCUGGUCGUUACUGAGAAUCCUA